AUGGCUCAUGAAAUCUGUGAAUUGUUGUGGCUUAAGGGGUUGUUGCAAGACAUUGGGGUUGCUGUCCAACCUCCAAUGAUACAUUUCAUCAAGGAGAAGCUGGAAGCUGGGCUAAUCUGUGUUUCUUAUGUGAAGUCUACUGAUGAGCUGGCUGAUGUGGUCACAAAGGAGCUGAGUGGCAAAGGAGAAUACUUGGCAUCAGUAACAAAAUCGGGGUGUUUAACAAUUCAUGACUUUGAAACUCUUUAUUGCCUGAGUAGUGGUCUAUCACCAUGUUUGGAAGAAGAUGAAACUAAACAUUUGCUGCACCUUUCUACUCAUCAACUUGAUGUCGUUCGAUGGAAUCCAGCUAACCAAGAUGAGGUUGCUUGCACAUCAAUGCAGAGUAAUGAAGUUCUUCUUUUUGAUAUUGGUUACAUCUCUUCUGAACCAACAGAGGUGCUAAGAAAGAAGCCUACCGUCACGGUGCAUGGUUGUGAAACCCUCAAGGGUUUAUCUGAUAUUUCUUUUACUUCCAUUGACAAAUCAAGAGAUAUUCCUUAUUUUGCACACAUCUCAAUUCCAAAAGCAAGUCAGCUUAUGUUUAACUAG